CGGCGUCUCCGUCUCCUGCUCCUCCACCUCAGGCGCCGCCGAUUCAAGUUUCUGUUCCUACACUCGCUCCAAAGCCACAAGCUGCCCAGCUCCCCCUGUACUCUCUUCCACGGAGACGACGACUCCACCGAAACAACGUCCACUGUUUUGCGUGGUAUGCGCCAGUAACAAUAAUCGAUCCAUGGAAGCUCACCAUGUCCUCGCUGAAGCUGGUUUUGAUGUCAUCUCAGCUGGCACUGGAUCCUUGGUGCGGCUUCCAGGUCCAGCACCUGACAAACCAAAUGUGUACCAGUUUGGGACUCCAUAUGAGACUAUGUACCAGGAGCUGAAAGACAAGGAUAUAAAAUUAUACACUGCGAAUGGAGUUCUACAAAUGAUUGACCGAAAUAGGAAGGUCAAGGCUGCUCCAGAGCGUUGGCAGGAUCAGAACCAUACGGCCGACGUUGUUAUAACAUGCGAAGAACGUUGUUUCGAUGCUGUUUGUGAGGAUUUGUUGAGUAAAGGAGGGGAAGAGAAUAGACCAAUACAUGUUAUCAACGUGGAGAUCAAGGACACACACGAAGAAGCAUUCAAGGCAGGGAAAGCAAUCAUUGAAUUGGCACAGGCGCUUGAAGAUGCUAAUGAUAUUGAUGAAGAAAUUGGCGACAUUCUUGAAACACAGCAGGAGAAACAUCCCCAUCCACUGUUACAUGCUGUUGCAUUUUAUUGAAUAGCCCUUUGUAUAGCCGAGUAAAUUGUACCGUAUUUCGAUAUAGCAUCUUUGCAUGACAUGGAAAUUAAUAUCUGGGUGUGGCCAAGGAAUAAAUCUCCUCAUUGCGAAGAAAAGGGUUAAGACACGAAAGAAAGCAGUGCAGAAAACAAACCUAAGCAUGCCGGUGGAUUAUUCAAUGGAGGGUAUAUAUACUGUACAGUACAUGGUACACGGUGCAAGCCAUGGACAAAUGUAGUAGUGAGUG